AGUGAGAGAGAAAGCUCAUUCACCUCUCACCAGGUAACAGUCUGUCAGGACCCUGUUGGAGCUCUGUGCAGUGCCCAGUGACAAGCUUCACUCACGCUCUGUCCUGCCACAACCACACAAAUGGACAACAAGAAGAAUUUCAAGAAGGAAGUCUUACCCCAUUAUUCAAAGACAUUAACAUCAGUCGUGUCUCUCGCUGAUAUCGCCAUUCGUGUUUCUGACACAGCUCUCAGUGAGACUGACGAGAGAAGAUUCAGAUUCGAGGUGGAAGAAGCUCACUCUGAAAUUCAGAAGGCAGUGCAAGGAGGGGAGAAGGUCAGAGGUCAGGUGGAUCGUAAGACCGAAGAUAUUGCAGCAAAGAAUCCUGACUCUGAAAUAGAAAGCUUGAGAAAACAGCUGGAGGAUGUGGACAAGCAAUUAAUAGCAGAGGAAACUGAGAAAGACAAGACCAGAGAUGAACUUUAUCGUGCCCAGGCUCAGCUGUUGCACACGACAGAAACUCAGGACAAAGCUAAUGUGAAGAAAGCAGAGAAAGAAACUCUUCGUAACCUGGGCUAUGGUCUCCUUAUCAUCCCCUUCAUCGGAAUCCCGAUGGUUCUCAGCACUUCCAAAGAAAUCAAGCGUUGUGAGGAUACCAUCCAAAAUACAACAGAAGCCAAGGGAAAGUUGGAGAUGGAAUGUGAUACGAAACAGGAAAAUCUGAAAAAGCGUUAUGACACAAUAAAGGAUCUGAAAGAAAAGCGAGUGGAUAAUGAGUGGACUAUGGAGAGGGAGAGAGCAGAAUUGAAGAGAAGGAAAGAAGAGGGAGCUGAGCUGUUUGAUACACAGAAAAAGGUGAGGGAUGCUCUGUAUUACCUCAGUAACCUCCAGGGUUCCCUUAAACAGUUACAAGACCUGAGCACCGAGGAGACCUUCGAUGGGAUUGAAGGAAUCAAAGAUCCUCUUCAGGAAAUCUUCACCACCAUCCAAAAGGAGAGUUUCGAUCAGGAAUUGCUGUGCGAUUCCCGAAUUGACAGAAAACUCAAUGACCUGGAAGAGAAACUUACAGAGUUUAACAGGAUUUACGAGCAUUAG